CGCUUUGCGCAUGCGCCCCCUGCCUUGUGCAAUCGCUAUGGAGUCCACGGCCAAGUUGAAGCCGGAAGCGAAAGCAGGAUUGGAGGAUUUGCCAUCGGAAAAAGGGGAUGCCUCAAGGCUGUGGGUUCCGGAAGUGUGUUUGACUCAGGGCGGGGUGUCAGCUGAUCAAGAGCCCGAGAUGUUCGAGUCCGGGGACCCGGAGGGAGAGAGCGGCGGGGAUAGUAAAAGGCCCGCCCCGGUCAGGAUUGUUGAGAUGCCAGAUGAAAAUUGUUUAUUGAAGAAACUUGAAAUCAGCAUUGCUGAAGCUGAAAAACGGACUGGAAAGAAUGCAGUGAGCAUGCAGGAGACCUACACAGCAUAUCUGAUUGAGACCAGGUCAUUGGAUGGCCAAUCAGAGCUGCAGAAUUCCCCCCAUGACACGCUAUGGAGGCGGUACAGCGAGUUUGAAUUGCUUCGGAACUACCUAUGUGUCAGUUAUCCCUUUGUGGUCGUGCCACCAUUACCAGAGAAAAGGGCUGAAUUUGUGUGGCACAAACUGUCUGCUGAUAAUAUGGACCCUGAUUUUGUGGAGCGGCGGAGAAUUGGCUUGGAAAAUUUCCUUCUGCGAGUUGCUUCCCAUCCUGUCCUGAGUCAUGAUGAAGUUUUCUAUUCCUUUCUAAACCAGGAAACUGGCUGGAAGGAGUUGCUUAAUGAGGCUGGACUGCAGCUUAAGGCUGACUCCAGGCUCAAAUCACUAAAUGCCACAUUUCGGGUUAGAAACCCAGACAAGAGGUUUACAGAACUGAAACAUUACAGCGACGAGCUGCAGUCAGUCAUCUCUCAUCUCCUGCGGGUCAGAGCCAGGGUGGCCGACCGACUGUACGGUGUGUACAAAGUCCAUGGGAACUAUGGCCGAGUGUUCAGUGAAUGGAGUGCAAUCGAGAGGGAGAUGGGGGACGGGCUGCAGAGCGCUGGGCAUCAUAUGGACGUAUACGCAGGAUCUAUUGAUGAUAUCCUGGAAGAGGAAGAGCAUUAUGCAGAUCAGCUGAAAGAAUAUUUAUUCUACGCAGAAGCUCUGAGGACCGUGUGCAGGAAACACGAACUCAUGCAGUAUGACCUGGAAAUGUCUGCACUGGAUCUCCAGUCAAAAAAACAGCAGUGUGAGGAGCUGGCGACAGGGACUGUGAAAACCUUCUCACUUAAGGGAAUGACCAGCAAGCUGUUUGGGCAAGAGACCCCAGAGCAGAGAGAAAUCAAGAUAAAACUAUUAGAAGAGCAAAUAGAAGAAGGGGAGGAACAAUUAAAGACCAGGAAUGAGGAAAGCAGAGAGUUUGUGAGGAAUGCCUGGCUGGAGGUGGAGCGAUUUAAGGAGCAGAAGGACCAAGACUUAAAAGAGGCCCUAAUCAGUUAUGCUGCCAUGCAGAUCAGCAUGUGCAAAAAGGGUAUCCAAAUGUGGACAAAUGCCAAGGAGUGUUUCAGUAAGAUGUGACCUCAGUUCAGGCACCCAACAAGAUGUGCUGGGAGGGUUAAACAGGAGAAUAAUGGCUUAACCGAACCUAUUUGCACACAGUAGAAUCACAGCAUGUAUCAGCUGCAUUUAUGUGAGGGCACUGUGCGCAAAAGUGCCUCAGAGUGGCUAUGGAGAAUGGCACAGGCUUAAUUGUUCCUCUCUGCCUCAUUAUUAAAGCCAGUGGUGUAUGGCAUGACUCUUCCAAAUACCAGUAAACUGGACCUUUGGCUCCCAGUGGUCACCUUGUUUACUGGUGGCUUAAUAAAAUUUCCACCUAAAAGAGGGCCUGAUCCGUAUUACAAGUCCGGUGCCCAAACCUCUCUCUAAAUUGUACAUAAAUAAGGGACCAAGUAAAUGUUGCACUGACAGAAUGCCUUCAAGUCUUUGUCUUUCUGCCAUCUUGCUUUUUAACUUAAGUAUAACUUCUCAAGCCAGUCAGAAAGAUGGUAUCAGACUUGCUUGAAAAGGAAGGUGCCAAGUUAGAUGUGCAAAGUAUAUCCAGUUCCAAAGCAAAGUGCACUUCUCCCAGGAACAGUAAAUGUGUGAUCUGAUAGUGACUCUGUAGUCUUGCAUUACACACAAUCCUGCAUUAAACGCAAACUCCUCCCCUAGUUACCCUGCAGUCCUGCAUUAUACAUAAUCCCUCCCACCAGUGGCUCUGCAGCCUUAUAUUAUACACAGUCACCCCCACUUCUUCCAGCUGAACCUCACCCCAACUAGAGACUUACUUCUCUGCAUGUUAUUAUUAACCAUUAUCCCUUACCUCUCUGCACCCCACAGAGAAUGGAAGAGAGUGGUAUUGCCUAGCCUAUAACAGAAUUCAUAUCAAAGCAAGGAUUCCUCUCUUCCUUGUGAUCACAUGGGCAGAAUAGGAAUUAAAAGCAUACAAACAUAACCUGGAACGAGAUGAUUGACUCUAAAUUAUUUUAACACAUGACCAGUGGAUCCUCUGAUUGGUUGUUCAGCCUUCAGCUGUUGGGUGGGUGGUGCAAGUUGCCAGAACUCCUGCCUUACAGGACCUGGGGGCAGCUACUAUUUAUCAAAUUAUGUCUGUAAUCCAAUUCUUUUUGUAAUUUCACUUUUAAUGACUUUUUUGCUAAUUUUUCUGCAAUAUUCUUAAAUUUGACACAAGCAAAUGAUGAGAUGUAUUCUUUGUGCCAAAUGAGCUGAAUAAACAUGGAGUCCUUAUUGCUUUCA